AGGUUUGCUUAGUCAUUUUGUAGAGGCACGACCUGAAUUUUUUUAACGUUACAGCGCAAAAAUGAUCAUCCCGGUCAGAUGCUUCACAUGCGGCAAAAUAGUUGGAAACAAGUGGGAAGCCUACCUUGGCCUUCUGCAAGCAGAAUAUACAGAAGGAGAUGCCCUGGAUGCCCUUGGUUUGAAGAGAUACUGCUGCCGCAGAAUGCUCCUAGCCCAUGUGGAUCUGAUUGAGAAGCUUUUGAAUUAUGCACCCCUGGAGAAAUGAGAUUAAAAAAGUACCGUGCUGCAAGCCAUGUGGAACAUAUCUCUAAUUCUAAACUUGAAACUGGACUUCAGGCAGUAAAGGAUGAAAACCACCUGUAGUGCAAGCUUUAACAGAUGUUUGCCUUCUGGAGAAAAUACUGCCCCAAGCCACUAACCUCUUUUCGGGGAAAUAAAGGAAAGUUGAAGUCCACUUAACCAAGAUUUGGAGAUUAAAUUAAAAGUUUGGAUGCUUCUUUUUAAACCUGUGCUUGGAGUUGUUUUGUGAACUUUUAGAUGCUUCUGCCAGCAAAAAUAAAUGUUUGCUCAUGUAGAAAAACUUUAUUUUUCAUAAAAAUUUUGAAAUAAAGGAUGUCUUUCCGUGUAGCAUUC